AUGAUUUCCGCCAAGAAAACUCCGGAGAAGAGUCGUUAUCCUAUUCACUAUUUGGUGUGGCACAACAAACAUCGACAGCUGGAGAAGGAGCUUGCAGCGAAUGAGCAGACUGAUUUAGAGUUGCUGGACCCUCGGGGUCGGACCACUCUACACCUGGCUGUCACUCUCGGCCACCUGGAAUGUGCCAGAGUUCUGCUGCAGCACGGAGCUGACGUCAGCAAGGAGAACCGCAACGGAUGGACCGUUCUCCAGGAGGCGGUCAGCACCAGAGAUCCAGAGCUGGUGCGCCUUGUCCUUCGUUACCGUGACUACCAGCGAACUGCCAAGAGACUGGCGGGCAUCCCCGUCCUGCUGGAAAGACUGCGCCAGGCUCAGGAUUUCUAUGUGGAGAUGAAAUGGGAGUUUACCAGCUGGGUGCCCCUGGUGUCUCGUAUCUGCCCCAGUGACACCUACCGGGUCUGGAAGAGUGGUCAGUGUCUCCGCGUGGACACCACCUUAAUGGGCUUUGAACAGAUGACCUGGCAGAGAGGAAACCGCAGCUUCAUUUUCAGAGGACAAGACUCUAAUGCGGAGGUGAUGGAGGUGGACCAUGACAGACAGCUGGUGUUCUGCGAGACCCUGUGUGUGUCCUCUCUUACAGUGCCCUCCCCUGGCCGGGGAAAUGGCGGUGGCGUCAGUGGGGGUUGUGGCGGCACUGGCUACAAUACUUCCACUGGCCUGGGUCUACUAGGGGCGCUGCAGCCCAGCGAGGAGCAGGUGGCAGCCAGACUGUCUGCCCCCGUGGUCACCACUCAGCUGGACACUCGCAACAUCGCCUUUGAGAGGAAUAAGACCGGCAUACUGGGCUGGAGGAGUGAGAAGACUGAGACGGUGAACGGAUAUGAAGCCAAGGUGUAUGGAGCAUCCAAUGUGGAGCUGAUCACCAGGACCAGAACAGACCAUCUAUCGGACCAGAGCAAGACCAAAACUAAAGGUGGGAAGACACCACUGCAGAACUUCCUGGGGAUUGCGGAGCAACACAUGGGGCCCAACAAUGGGGCCCUUGUGACCCAGAUGUCAUGUCCUGCGGUGACCAACCCGUCGGCACUGACUGCUGAGGAGUACUUCAACCCCAGUCUAUCUCUUGCUCAGAGGGACAUUGGCCACCCCUGUCAGCUCACCACCAAGACCCAGAGGUUCAAAGCAAAGCUGUGGCUGUGUGAAUCCCAUCCUCUGUCCCUGGCGGAACAAGUGGCACCUAUCAUUGACCUAAUGGCUAUCUCUAACGCCCUGUUCGCCAAGCUCCGUGACUUCAUCACUCUGCGUCUGCCGCCCGGCUUCCCUGUCAAGAUAGAGAUCCCCAUCUACCACAUCCUAAAUGCUCGGAUCACCUUCAGCAACCUGAAUGGCUGCGAGGAGGGGACGGGUGUACGAGGUGACACAGAGGUCGGGGAAGGGAGUGGACAGAGAGAGACCCCCAGGACAGACGCCCCUUCUCCAGGCAGCGACUCCUCCAGCGUCUCCAGCUCCAGCUCCACUAUGUCGUGCCGAGCCGGAGAGAUUCCUGCCAGUGUGUUCGAGCCCCCGCCGGGCUACAGCAUGCAGGGAGGCAAGCAGAGGGACAACAUAAGAGAAGAGGAGGAGGAUCUGCUACAGUUCGCCAUACAGCAGAGUCUGCUCGAGGCUGGCUCUGAGUACGAUCAGGUGACCAUCUGGGAAGCGUUGACCAAUAGCAAGCCAGGAACACACCCCCAUUCUUGUGACUCCAGUCAUGUGGAGAGGACCCCUCAGCACAAGCCCCGCCCUCCCUCCAGUCUCUGCUCCACCCCCACCAAGAAGCAGCCAACCAACUGCAGCUAUGACGAACAGCUCCGCAUCGCCAUGGAGAUAUCGGCGCGCGAGCAGGAAGAGGCGGAGCUUCGCAGGCACCGAGAGGAGGAGGAGCUACAGCGGAUUAUCCAGCUGUCACUCAUGGAGAAAUGAAAGCUGAAUGGCCCGGUGGGGGUUGUGGAGGGAGGGACCGGGA